UGUUGAGUCAUGUUAUAUAUGUGCAAUUAACCUGUAGUACAUUAUGCAUAAUUCCUUGUACUUGUUGUUGACAGUAUAACAAAAACUACUCUGGCACAAACACAGGUCAUUAAUUUCUCCGUCUGAUGAUUUCUCAAUUCAAAGGUAUCUUUUUCAGCGCCUCUCUUUACCAUUCUUUACAAAAAUUUCCCAAAAUUUUCAGUUCAAAAUCAAACAAUCUCAAAGCUUUCUCAUCAUCACACGUCCUGGGAAGAAAAAUGGAAUCAUCUGCAGAUACGCUUCUUUUACUUUCUGGAAAAUCAGAGGAGGAUAAUGACGUGGCAAAGGUACUCAAGAAUAACAAUACCCUUAAAACUGGUGAAGGAGUUGAGCUUGUUCUGCAUUCCGAGGUGAAAUUGGAAAACGACGACGCUUUUCGAAUUGAAGAAUACUUCAACUCCCUUUCGACUAGGCGUUUUGGGAGACUCCUCAUUUACUCUCCCAGAUUGUCCUCUACUCAUGACGUUAUUUCACAAAAUAACUCUGACUUCCCAGUUGGUACGGUGUGUGUUGCGGAUGUUCAACUGAAAGGGAGAGGCCGUUCGAGUAAUGUGUGGGAAUCACCAAAGGGUUGCCUUCUGUUUUCUUUUUCAAUACAAAUGGAGGACGGUAGAGUGGUGCCACAUAUACAGUAUGUCGUCUGUCUUGCCAUGACAGAGGCCAUUAAGGCUGUCUGUUUGGAAAAGGGAACCCCAGAGAUUGAUGUUCGAAUAAAGUGGCCAAAUGAUCUGUAUUUAGGUGGCGUUAAAGUGGGUGGCAUUCUUAGCACAUCGGUAUAUAGGUCGAAGAAGUUCUAUGUUAGUGCUGGAGUUGGACUGAAUGUCGGGAAUGAGAAGCCUACUACAUGCUUGAAUGCUGUUUUAAAGAAAGUGGAUCCUCUCUCACGUGAAUUGAAGAGAGAAGAUGUUAUUGCAGCCUUUUUCAAUAAAUUUGAGAACCUGUAUGAUGUUUUCUCAGAACAAGGAUUUCAAGCUCUUGAAGGAUUGUAUUAUAGGACUUGGUUACACAGUGGACAAAGGGUUAUUGUGCAGGAGAGAAGUGGUGAUCAGGACCAAUUUGUUGAUACUGUAGUCACCAUUCAGGGUUUGACAUCCUCAGGGUACUUAUUAGGAAUCACAGAUGAUGGUCAAAUGUGUGAGCUACACCCAGAUGGCAACAGUUUUGACUUCUUCAAAGGGCUUAUCAAAAGAAAAAUGAGCUGAAGGAAAGCACAGUAUGAUUUCUGCCUGCAUAUGGUGACUUUUAACUUUUUUUAAAAAAAGGCACUAUUUAAACCCCACACACAGAAAGAAAAGUCUUUCGGUUUCUGUUUUCAAUUUUCGGGGCAGUUGCUUUUUCCUCUGAAGAAUCUAGAACUACUUAUUACUUCAAUGAUUUAUUUUGUUCAAUUAGUCUAAAAAAAAAUUGAGGAGGAAUAAUUCUUUGUUAGAGCAGCUCCUUAGCCCUGCUGCAGACUUAUUAGCAUGAGGACUUUGAGGUGCAAACCACAGAGAAAUAGUGACAGAGGAGUUUAAACAUUAAUUACAACUAUGCUUUAGUUUCAAAUAAGUUAGGGUCAGCUAUAUGAAUCACCACUUAUCCAUUUAAAUUCAAUUCAUAUAAUUA